AUGUGAUUUUGUGAUUUGUCAAAUAUUUCUGAUAACCGAAUGGCAGGUCAAAGCAAAAACCGAAAUUAAAAGAAAUUAUUACUUAUUUCAAUUAAACCAAGGUUUUAAUAAGCUGCAAAAUGUCGAAUAAGACGAAGAAAACCGGAGGCGGCAACGGAGGCAAUGGAGGCGCCACAAAACAAACCCGCCAGCAGUCACAGGACUCGCAGGACUACAGCUCCUUCAAGACAGUGCUCUUCUACUGUAUGCUCAUCGUGUUCCUGCCCGUGCUGACUUUCUUUGUCCUCAAGGGCUUUGUUCUCGACCAAUUCUUCAAUAUCUCCGAAGUCAAAGUGAACAUAGCAGCUGCCGUGGGUGCUGUCGUAUCGCUGCACAUCGCCCUGGGACUGUAUAUCUACCGGGCAUACUUUGGAACAUCCGGCUCCAAGGCUGUCAAGGCGGACUAAUCCUCAUCUACCGGACUGUUUGUUUUCCCAUUUCCAUUAAUUAUAAGUCGGAAAAGCACUCUUGUACAUACAUAUUACAUAUAA